AUGGCCCUCUAUCAUCCUCGUCUCGACGCCAACCUCCGAAACAAGUAUUUAAAACGCCGAAGAAAGAUGUAUGAUCAGGAAGCAGCGGGUUGGAUUUAUUUGGUCAAGGGAAGGUGGAAUGGGGAGGAGUUCUUGAAGAUCAGACGUUCGAUCGACUUUUGGAGACGGAUGAAGGAGCAUGCAAGGUGCAGAAUCGAUGAGUGGACUAUCUUAGGGAAGUGGUGGGUUCCUCUAAGUCAUAGAACUG